GAUACGCACACAUCAACCAUCCAUGCAACAGCGCGGAGCCAGAAGGAGAAAAAUAGAUUCAGCAAACAGAAAACAAGUUACUUCACUUCAGCAUCCAUCCGCUGGACAUAAAGCCAAUCUAUCACUUUAAAGUAGGCUAUGUGGAAACUUUUUUCUGUCGCAUUUUCACACUGUUCCGUGUAGUUAUGCGGGAAGACGCGAAGUGGCUACAGCACAGCUAGUUGUUUUUCACUUCUUUCAUAGAAGAAAGUGGAGAAGCGUAGCGCUACUUGCUAUUGCUUUCAUUUCGUCGCGUUACGAUAAUUGCGGCAAAUUGAGGGAAUCUACAGUUUCCAUCUGAGUGAAGCGGGAUUAAGGCGAGAGAAAAAGAAAGUCAAAAGUGGCUGAAGACUUGCUGGUAGUCUACGCAACAUUUUAGGCUCCGUGCACCUAACCCUGCGCCGCGUUAAGAAGUUAAGGAUGCUAGCAUGCCCUCUCUGACCAUUUCCAACCUCAUUCUCAUCUGGCUGGGCGUACAGAGACUGGCCCUAGGCGCCGAGCGCAUCUCAACCCGGGAGCGCUUCAAGGUAGUGAUCUCCCCUGUGAUCUGCAAGAGGACGUGUCUAAAGGGGCAGUGCCAACACACCUGCGAGCAGGGCAACAACACCACACUCAUUGGCGAGAACGGCCGGUCCGCAGACACCCUCACCGGGCCCGGCUUCAGAGUUGUCGUGUGUCCUCUCACGUGUAUGAAUGGGGGUGUGUGCAACUCGCACAGUCACUGUCUGUGCCCCCCCGGCUUCACUGGUCGGCUGUGCCAGUUCCCCCUGCGCCAGGUGACCUGGGUCCAGGGCGCCAAGGGCAACACGCAGCCCGUGGUGGGCCUGGAGACGCGGAGCCCCCGGGACCAGCCGGCGGCCGGCCGACAGAUGACCCAGUCCGUUUUCACCGUACCCCUGACGCAAGGAGGUGGGCACCACUCCUCAGAAGUGCAGUAUAAUGUCCGUGUCCACCAUGCCGCGGACACCUCUGUUGUCAUCCACCCCAUGGACAAAUCAGAAGCCAAGCCUCCAAACAAGACACCUCCGCGUCUCCUGCCACAGACCCACAAGCCACGGGGGCGGUGCUUCCAGGAGACCACGCCCAAGCAGGCUUGUAGCAGUACCCCCCUCCCUGGACUGACCAAUCAGGAGGAUUGUUGCGGCAGCAUAGGAAACUCCUGGGGUCAAAACAAAUGCCACAAAUGCCCUGAGCUACCAUUUCCUGGGGUCCACAAGUUAAUAAUUGAGGACUACGGCUCCACCUGUCCACAGGGCUACAAGAGACUGAACAGCACUCACUGCCACGACAUAAACGAGUGCACCAUGCAGGGAGUCUGCCAGAACGGAGACUGCCUGAACACACAGGGCAGCUUCCUGUGCGCCUGCAAGCCCGGCUUCGUCUCGGACCGAUCGCGCUGUGUGGCGGAGCGCGGGGGGGAGCUGGGGCGGUGUUUCCUGUUGGUGGGGCAGGGGGGGCGGUGUGAGUACGCCCUGCCCACCCAGCUGACUCAGGAGAUGUGCUGCUGCACCGUGGGAAAGGCCUGGGGUGGCAGCUGUGAGAGGUGCCCUCAGGAUGGUACAGCCUCCUUCAGCAAGAUCUGUCCUGCUGGAAAGGGGUACAUUUUACACAGCUACAGGGAUACCCUGACCAUCCCCCCACAGACCCUGCCCAUCUACCCUAACCUAGAGAAGGAGACCCCGAAAACUGACUCCAAUGAGCAAGUGGUGAAGUUUCCUCCACUGGACCCUGAGAGUGUGGAGGCCACCACACCCCUGCAGCUGUCUACCAGGAUCACCACGGGGCCCCAUCUCCCAGUGAUUGUGGCCAAACCCUCGCCCCCUCCCAUUGUGAAAGUUCCCCCAGAGAACAGCCCGCUGGAAGUGGGGCAGACGCAGUACCCACGCCCCUCAGAGACGGACGAGUGCCGGCACAACAGGAACGUCUGCGGCCACGGGGAGUGCGUCAGCGGGUUCAGUGGGUUCAGCUGCCGCUGCAACGCCGGGUUCCGCCCUCAUCCGCAGCACCGGAGCUGCGUGGAUGUAGACGAGUGCGAAGGGGAGCCCUGCGGUCCUGGGAGGGGCCAGUGCAUCAACACCGUGGGAUCCUACAGAUGUCGCUGUAACCACGGUUACAAGCUCCAGUACGGAAAGCUCACUUGUGUCGAUGUGAACGAAUGUGCCAAGCCAAACACUUGCGGAGAGGGUGGACAGUGUGUCAACCUGCCGGGAACCUACAAAUGCGAGUGCUACGAGGGCUACAGGAGCAAGUCACAUCAACAGGCCUGUGGAGACAUUGAUGAGUGCCUGGACCCCAACCGCUGCCCAAGCCAGCAAUGUGAGAACACACUGGGCUCCUACGAGUGUAUCCCCUGCCAGCAGGGAUACCACGGUCAGGGCGGAGUCUGCUACGCUGUGCACAAUAUCUUGAGCAGGAGUCUUAACCUGUCGGAUCCAGAUGUGGACGAGUGCCAGGAGAGGGGCGUGUGUGGAAACGGACGCUGCGAGAACCUUCCGGGAGGCUUCCGCUGCCUGUGCGACCCCGGCUUCCAGCCCGAGUCCAACGGCAGGAGCUGCGACGACAUCGACGAGUGCGAGGACAACAGGCUGUGCGCGAACGGGCGCUGUGUGAACACGGAGGGGUCCUUCCGCUGCGAGUGUUACAUGGGAUACCGGCUCACCCAGGAGGGAAGCCACUGUGAAGAUAUAAAUGAAUGUGAAAGGUCCUUUAACUGCCAGAGGGGGCGCUGUGUGAAUAUGAUGGGGUCCUAUCGGUGUGAGUGCCAGCAGGGCUUCGAGCUGGUCAAUAGGAGACGCUGCCAAGGUGACGCAGGGCUCCUCGUUGUGUGUCUCCCGCCAGACAUCGACGAGUGCAGCAAGGACAGGAGCCUGUGCCAGCCGCACGGCGUGUGUGAGAACAGGCAGGGCGGCUACGUGUGCGUCUGCAACGAAGGCUUCAUCGCCUCCGAGGACAGCCACAGCUGCGAGGCUCUUGAGAUCUUCAUGGAGGACAAGAAGGAGUGCUACCUGAACCUGGAUGACACGGUGUUCUGCGACAGCGUCCUGGCCACCAACAUCACCAAGCAGGAAUGCUGUUGCACCAUCGGCGUGGGCUGGGGCGACCAGUGUGAGAUCUACCCAUGUCCCGUCCACAACUCUGUUGAGUUUCUCUCUCUUUGUCCCACUGGAAAAGGAUUCUACAAUGAAGAGAGCAUGGCAAUGCAUCGGGACAUUGAUGAGUGCGUUCUCUUUGCUGAUGAGAUCUGUAAAGAGGGUCGCUGCAUGAACACGCAGCCUGGCUAUGAGUGCUACUGCCAACAGGGCUUCUACUACGACGGCAACCUGCUGGAGUGCAUCGAUGUGGACGAAUGCCACGACGAGUCUCUGUGUGCCAACGGGCGGUGUGUAAACACGCGAGGCUCCUUCUACUGCACCUGCAGUCCGCCCUGGAUGCCUGAGGCCUCCAACAGGAAGUGUGUGGUCCCUGUUCUCGCAGGUGUGGACGAGUGCCGUGACCCGGCCAACUGUAAACACGGGCGCUGCGUGGACACCGCCGACUCGUACUACUGCAUCUGCACCCCGCCCUGGACCCUGGCGACCGACCGCAACAGCUGCACCCCCCCUGAGGAGCAGGGAGACCGCACGGCCGCGCACAAAGACGUGUGCUUCCGGCAGGUGGACGAGGACCUGAUCUGCACGCGGCCCCAGCCCGGCCUGAUGCUGACGUACUCGGAGUGCUGCUGCCACUACGGGCUGGGCUGGGGCCCCGAGUGCCGCACCUGCCCCCAGAGGAACUCAGCCAUGUUCAACCAGCUCUGCGACAUGUACCUGGACACCGAGUCUGACGGGGAAGGGGACUUACUCCCACAGUUCCCCAACUACAACCCAGCAGACAGUUCUGAGGAGGAUUCGGACGAGUGCAGCUGCGCUAACGGUCGCUGUGUGCGGUCCUACCUGGGGACCAUGUGUGAGUGCAACCCGGGCUUCCGGUUGGACCUCUCCCGGACUCGCUGCUCGGAUAUCGAUGAGUGUGCAGAACCAGGCCUGCGCGUGAACUCCUGUAAAAAUGCCCACUGCGUCAACACCCUGGGCUCCUUCAGAUGCUUCUGCAAACACGGCUUCAUCCCUGCAAGAAGACCCAACAUAUGCAUCCGUCCACGAGCCCUAUAACAGUGCUCUCUCUCUCCCUCUCCUUAUAUUCCUCUCCUUUUCUCUGUCACUCAUUCUGUCUUACUAUGUACUUUCUCUUCCUCCUUUCUCCCCAAUCUGUCACGGCGACCUUUCUUUCUCUCUCUAUUUCCAUAUUCUCUUUCUCUUGCCUCUCAUUCUCCCCUUCACUUUAAUCUCAGUCGCCUGUCUUCCUUUCUCUUUUUCUCUCUUGCUUUUCUUUUCUCCAUGUCAGUUCUCUCUCACUUUGCCCUCUCGUCAAAGAUGCUCUCUCUUCAAAGACGUUGCACUGCCCUUCUCACGACUGUUGAACUGUUCUUUCCCUUCUCAAGCAGUAAGUCGCUCACAUUAUGCAGUGAAAUCAGAUCAGAAGUGAAGUCCUUUUGCUUUUAAACAGAAGUUAUUUAUCGAGGCUGCUGUGGCCAGGCGGUGUGUGACAGCAGGGUGGGUAUAGCGUUCAGGACACGGAGCUACACACCUGAGGACCCUGGGUUUCUAUCUCAGGAACGCGCUGUACCUGUAAACUAAAGGUGUUUGACAUCAACUGUGUUUACCUAAAGGUGUUUGACAUCAACUGUUCCAGCAAAGAAAAACAUCAGAUUUUGUAAAUGGGUUGUGGAAUGUGUAAGUUGUAAAAUUGUAUGUCACUCUGAAUAAGGCUGUCUGAUAAAAAAGUUAUUAUAUUA